AUGAGGAUCGUAACCUCGUUGACGCUGCUAACUUUGGUGACGGUCGCCUAUGGAAUCCGCUUUAAUGUACCAGCAAAUAACAAAAAGUGUAUGAAGGAGGAGAUUCACAAGAACAUUGUUGUAACUGGUGAAUACGAGUUCAGUGAAGCAAUCGGCUACACUGGAAGUGUCCACGUAAGUUUUAUUGAUUUGUUUCUCUUAAUUCUUACAGUUUCCAUUCUUAUAUCUUAG